UUGCUAUUUAACAGUUAGAGUUAGUUAAGCCGUAACAAGUAUGGCAUCGGGAGAUGAGGUUUUCACAACAAACUAUAACAAUUUGACAGAGCUGCAAUUUACCACAGAUAUUACAGAGAGGUCAAGUUACAAAAGACCAUUCAACGAAAAUGGAAUCAUUUUUACUGCUACUGUGUUUUUUCCAUUGGCGAUUUUUGGAGUCUUGGCAAAUUUGUUAACCUUUUUAGUGAUCUACAAUUCUCCAAAACUGAGGUCCACGUUUAAUUUCUUCAUCAUGAGUUUAUGUGUAUCAGACUUCUUGUCGUCGUUCAUUAGUCUUCUGUUUGUAUAUAGACGGACUUGGGGGUUUGAGGAAUGGACCAUAUCAGAUUUCUUAUGCAAGUUUUAUUGGGCAGUAGACACUGGGACAUCUGUAUCGACUUCGUUACAUAUCAUCAUGUUCAGUUUGUUACGUUUCGUGUCAGUUUCUUUCCCGCACAAGUAUAAUCGAAUUAAAUUCUUUGAAACGAAGAUCAUUAUUGUUAUGAUUUGGAUAAUAUCUGCGGGCGGAGGUGCAAUUCCAUGGAGUAUUUGGACGGGUGCUGUUAAGAUAGACCGCAACGUUGUUUCAACUGUUUCUUCAUGGCCGUCGUGUACUGUUCUACUUCAAUGGAUAAACCAGUUCAAAUCCUACACUGUAUAUGGAUACAUCGUCUUUUACUACGUCCCGUUUGCUUUGGUUUUGAUUAUGUCGGUUUUGGUCACCGUAUCAUUGCAUUACAAGCGCAAAUACAGACUCAAGGGAAAAGCAACUGAUUAUCACAAGAAAGACAUUGCUGAAAUAAUGAGACGGCGAAAAGAAAACCAAGCGAUCGUACAACUAUUCCUAAUAGUUGGGUCAUUUUUUAUUGGAUACAUUCCAAGAACAGGUUUUCAUGUCUUUUCUCUGCUGGUGCAACAGAAAACAUACGAAGAUAAAGCACUACAUUGGUGGCUUGGUGUUGGAGAGUAUUUAUGUCUCCGUGUUAGUGAGUGCUUGAAUCCUAUAUUUUACAACCUAGCUUCCAGUAAAAUGCGAAAGGAAACGACAAACUAUUUGAAAAGAAUGUGCAGGGUUAGAACAGGCGGUGUACAACCAACAACAGCAAGUGAUAUUUCAACAUUCAACUGA